ACGUCAAAUCAUUUAUAUGGGGGUUCAGAUUAAUUUGGAGAAAUGACUUGGAUUUAUCUUUUAUUGUUGUAUAUUUUCCACACAAUACAUGCACAGAUGGUGUCUCGGUUCCAAAAUCCGUGGAUCAAUGUUGUACGUCGGCACGCCUGCUCUAUAGUGGAGUGCAAUAUAGGAGAAGUCUGUGACUUAUCUUAUGAAAACUGUCGUCCAACGGGACCCUGUCUACUUAAACAACCCACCUGCGUCUCAGCCUUUAACUCUGCUAGACCAGGCAGAUGUCCAUCACCACGGCUCAACCUGAUUCCUAGAUUUACAGUGGACUGCUUUGAUGACCCAGGUUGUGACGCAUCUCAAAUUUGUUGCCAUAGUUACUUCGGAAGUUACUGUUUUCCCUUAAACAGACGGCGGACCGGAGCUUUACUUCGGAGAAGGACCAGAAAUGGCUAGCUUAGUCUGAACUACACGAUCCCAAAACUUACACAAAAACAAACACAUGUAGUGUAGUAAGUGCCAUCGAGAACAAUAUGUAAUGACAUUUAUGCACUUCUAAAAUUUGUAAUAUGCAGUGUUAUUGUGUCAUUUAUAUUGAGAUGCAAACUUAAUAAUGACUUGUCUAUGGAGAAUCUUCGAAAUAAGGUGAACUGGCUUUGCUUACAAAAUGUAAUUCUUAAGAAAGCAUGAAUGAUUAUGAUAAUAUCUAGAAACAGAUAAAGUUUUGUGAUAUUGAUAUCUAUGAUAUCUCGUGUUUAUGAUUAUUUGUACUUGAAACUUU